GAGCAGAACAAAAUUUAACGCUUUAAAAGUUUUGUGCGGUUUGCUUAUUUCUUACGACUUUCACGGCAAAAAAAAAUUCGGGCGAAAUUUGUACAACGUGUGGAAAUGCGGCAAUAGGACAGCAUAGCGACUACAACAAAAACAAUAAUGCAAGUUUACGAGUAAUUCGAUUUUAGUGUUUAACAAUCAGUGCGAGAAUCGCUAUGAUGCAACAAAAACAACGAAAAUAACCAGAAACAACACAAAGCCCAAAAAGUUGCAGAAUCGUGUUCUUUCCGCAAAAAGUACAUAUAUGUAUGUACAUAUGCUUAUGUAUAUAUAUACAUCUACACGUACUAUAUACGCGUACUUCCGCCGACGGCGGCACACACGGCAGAGUUAGUGUUGUUUUUGUUGAUACGCCGUCUGUGACUUCUACUGAGAUUUGAGAGUGGGACAGACUUUUGGACUAAAUACAGAGCGCUUAGCGUGUUUCUGUUUCAACUCGUUACCGUUCAGCCAGAAAUGAUAACUAGAAAAUUCAGAUAAAAAUGAUAAGGCAAAUUUAUUGGACGGCUACAAAAAGUCGGGCAACUUUGCUCGUGAUAAGUAUUUGUGUGCUGAUUGCACGUAACACGUCUGGAAAGAAUCUGAAUGCAAGUCAAGCUUUUGACGACACAUGGAACACGGCAUCCGAUUUAGAAAAUGAACUAGAACAACAAAAACGAGCUAACGGCAACAACGCGCCUGUAUUGAGUUCAGGGUUAGCGUCCAGUGGAGGAUAUGGCCAAUGGUCAUCCUGGUCAGAUUGGUCGACAUGCUCUCGCACCUGUGAUGGUGGUAUUAUGCAGCAAAUACGUCGGUGCAGCACCACAGGUAACUGUCGCGGCGAGAGUGCUCGAUAUCGCAUCUGUAAUAUGCAACCAUGUCCGGAGCAGCAGGACUUCCGGGCAAAUCAGUGUGCCGCUUACAAUGAUGUACCCUAUGACGGAACCCUCUACAAGUGGACCCCACACUAUGAUUAUGUUGAGCCCUGCGCCCUUACGUGCAGAGGUCAUCCCGCUCAUCUCACAGAAGACAUCUCACCAGAGUCAGCUAGCGCCAAUGGAGAGGAAUCACUGCAUUACGACGAGCAGAGUGUCAUUGUGCAAUUAUCGGCACGUGUUCAGGAUGGAACACGAUGUCGCUCCGGAAGCUUGGAUAUGUGCAUACAAGGCAAAUGUCAGCGUGUCGGCUGUGAUUUAAAAAUAGGUUCUACUAAAAAAAUUGAUGGUUGUGGCGUGUGUGGGGGUGAUGGCAACUCCUGUUCGCAACCGCUAUAUUACUGGGAAUUGGCACCGAUGACACAAUGUUCUGUCACCUGCGGCGGCGGUUACAAAAUGUCUCGCCCUAUAUGCAGGAACCGUCUCACUGGCGCUGAUGUCGAUGAGACGCUCUGCAGCGUUGCUAAUCGCCUCGAGCCAUCAGUGGUACCAUGUAAUACACACAGCUGUCCGCCGCGUUGGAUAACUGACGAUUGGAGUACCUGCAGUCGUCUUUGUGGACACGGUUACCGAGAACGGAUGGUUGUCUGCGCUGAGGCGACCAACGGCAUCAAGACGAGGGUUGCAGAUAUUAUGUGUCGAACUCUGAAGCCACCAACACAAGAGACGUGCAUUAUAGAGGAGUGUCCGCAUUGGGAGGUGGAGGACUGGACUGGAUGUUCCGUUUCAUGUGGACAAGGUAUUCAGAUGCGUGGUGUGGAAUGUAAAUCCACAGAUGGUAGCCUAAGUGCCAAAUGCGACCCCUUGACCAAGCCAGGCGGCAUGCAGCAGUGCUCAAUUGGUAUACGUUGCGCUAGAGGAAGUAGUGGUAACGACAAUGGAGCAGGCGGACUUAAUAAUGGCGGUGGUACCAUCAUUGUUGGCAGCAGCCGCUCUUUGAACGAGCAUUCGGACCGUCAUAACGAUGGAUCUGAUCUCUAUGACGAUGAUGAUAAAGAUGAAGAUGACGAUGAUGACGUUGAAGACACUGAUUCUGGACAAGCCACCGACACUGAUGAUGACGAGGGCUUAUCCUAUUCCGAUCAGUCAAUACAUUAUGCACAUCUCACCCAAAGUAGAAUGCAUCAUGAGAUCGCAGAGGAGCCGCUCACCAUGCGACUAAUGAGCUCUACCAAUAACUAUAACAAUGCUAAAGUCGCGGCGAAUGAAGAAACAGAUGUUCCAUCAUUAGACCCAACUUUUAUCAAGGACACGGAAUGGUCACCUUGUAGCGUAACGUGUGGCGAGGGAAUUCGUCGACGUUCAUUUAAAUGUAAAAUCUAUCUAGAAUACUCCCGUACGGUGGCCACGGUAAAUAACACCUUGUGCGAAGGGUCCAAACCCCACGAUGAAGUCGAACGUUGCGUAGAGGAUCCAUGCAUGCUGCCCUCACAUGGGUAUGACGAUCAGUUUCCUCGUGACUCAAUAAAGGUCGGAGUAUCAGAGCCGGGGAAGACUUAUGUGUGGCGUGAGCAAGGCUAUACUUCAUGCAGUGCCUCUUGUUUGGGCGGUGUAGAGGAAUUGAUCAUUAACUGUGUGCGUGAGGACAACGGGCGGGUAGUUUCGCCAUUCCUUUGCUCGCCAGAAACAAAACCGGAAGCUCGUGUUCGUACAUGUAAUGAUCGUCCAUGUCCCCCGCGCUGGAAUUAUUCAGAUUAUACGCCGUGCUCCAAAAGUUGUGGCAUUGGUAUUAAGACACGCGAAGUGCAAUGCAUUCAUGAGGUAACCAGAGGCGGUGAGAACACUAUGGUCGUGCCGAACAGUAUGUGCCCACAGCCGCCACCAGCAGAUCGUCAGUAUUGUAAUGUUCUUGAUUGUCCAGUGCGCUGGGAGGUAGGUGAGUGGUCGAAGUGCUCACACACAUGCGGCUAUGGCAUAAAAGAACGUAAAGUAGAAUGCAAACAAAUUAUGGCACAGGAGCAUAAAAUUGAACGAGCUGAAUCCAUGUGUCCUAGUGUCAAGCCGCCGGAUAAAAAGCCGUGCAAUGUCAAGACAUGUCCCCCUGAAGAUCCUAAGCCUGUUAUACAAAUUAGCAAUUCGACACACAUUCAGCACGAUCCGAAAAAGACAAAGAUUACUUUAAAAGUAGGUGGUGCUGGUGUCGUAUUCUUUGGCACCCAAGUGAAGAUCAAAUGCCCAGUUAAACGCUACAAUCGCACCAAAAUCAAAUGGAGUAAGGAUCAUAAGCCACUAACACGAUCCCGUAAAUUUAAAGUAUCCAAAAAGGGAGCGUUACGGAUACUGGACAUCACCUUUCGCGAUGCAGGUGUAUAUUCUUGUCACGCUGGUCUCAGUUCGGCUGAAAUUCAAAUUGAAGUUAAGGCAAAGCCCGGCCAACAAACUGAAGAACUUGAACGGUAUGAAGCAGAUCGACUAGUCCGUGAACAAAGCGGAACGGAAGCCCUAACUUCAGCAGACAUGACAUCCGCUCCUAAUGGCGGUAUAGAUCAAGAAACACCAGGUGGCACUUAUGGUGCCUCUAAUGGAUCUAAUCAGCAGUCCACUCGCCGCAAACAGCAGAAUCCGUUGGAUAGAUUGCAGAAUGGACGUGAACGAAAUCGACGUCCCAAAAAUAAUGGAUUUCAACAUGCGGACAGCAGCAUUAUGGAAGACGAGCAUUCGCAACUAGUUCAAACUCAGGACAGAAUCCCAGAGCCGGCGAGUGCUAGCAGCGGCAGCAGUCGCUCCAGAACUUUACUGGCCAUACCUUAUUUUCAGGCGUUACUAAGUAAUCUCCAGCUAUUGUGGCCGCUGCAGCCCUUUAGAAAGUCGCGCGGCCAGCAAAUAUGGCAUGAUGUACCUUUUGAUUUGGAACCACAACGUUUGGAACAGGAUGAAGCAUUAAACGAAAUGACUAAAGAUUUGCAGACGGAGUCUAGUCGUAUCAUGCCCGUAAGCAAGUCGCCAAUAAAAAUAGCAGAGGCUUUUACCAAUUUGAGACAUGCAAAGAACGAUCGAUAUAUAUACAAAUGGCAGCUGGGGGAGUGGUCCAAGUGCUCACAGCAGUGUGGUGCCGCAGGCGGCGGAUUGCAGCGCCGCUCGCUGAGCUGCCAGCGUACGGAAACAAAGGCAUCGACAUGGAGGACAACUGGAAAGACACCAACGACAUCGAUGUCAAAUGGCAACAGUGUAUAUGUCGUUGAAAAUGCACAGUGCACAGCCCAAGGGCUGGAUUUGCCCAACACGUUCCAGAGCUGUGGCGACGAGCCCUGUCCUUACUGGACCAAAGGAGAUUGGACGCUCUGCCAGCAUUCGCUUUGCCAUGAACGCAAUAUUGCCGUACAGCGGCGUGAAAUAAGCUGUCGGUAUGAAAACGGCAGUUUGGGUACUGCCUGCCAUGAGUAUCAGAAACCACCAGCGCGUCAAGAAUGCCACAAUGAGCGCUGCAAGGGUGUUUGGCAUGUGGAGCCGUGGUCUGAGUGCAAUGCGCCAUGUGGUCGUCAGGGAAUAAAAUUUCGCAUUCUGCAGUGCGUCUGGUAUGGCACUCAUAGACCCGCGGGUAACGUCUGCAAGCAUCACCCUCGGCCAGUGGUAAUGAAAGUGUGCAAAAGUCGGUCUUGUCAAGCCAAAAGUUGUCUGGAUACCUCACGAUAUUGCCACAAUGCUUUGGCCAUGGGUCUGUGUAGACUGCAUCGUUAUAAGGAAAAGUGCUGUGGUUCCUGUCAGUUCAAUCAGCAGAAGCAUCUAUAGAUCCUCAGCCAGACCAAACUAAAAACGACAAAACAUUUAUUAAGCAACUACGUAAACAACAUGGCACUAAUCUGAAUUUAGAUUUAAUAAAUUGAUUACAUAAGUUCUCAAAUGCAUUUGCAAAGAAUGUAACUUAGUUAAAUUUAUAAAAUAUAAGACAAGUUUAAUUAAAACUAACGAUAUUGUUGAGGAUAGUGUUGACAAAACAUCGAUACUAGAUGCUAUUGAUAACUCGGAAUCUAUGUAGUAAUGACUAUCUAUAAUUUCGAUAGCGUUAGCGGUCGAAUGUAUUUUUCUGCAUUUUUCUCUGUUUAGACUGCCUGCCUGAAUUGCUCAAAACUUCUGAAGUGUAGAACAAAGUGUACAAAAGCGUACAAGAGAGCGACAAUUUAUGAAGCACAUUAUCAAUUAUGGCAAUGAUUGACGAUCACUAGCAAUAAGCUGAUUAUUAAAUUUACAAAUUUUACUCGCUUUGAAAUUAUUUGUAAAUUCUUGCAAUUAUUUCAAAUAAUGCAAAUAAAAAAUAUGAGAAAAUAGUAAUCAGAUAGACCUUUUUGGAAUCUAUGUAUGUAAUUGUUUCAGAACGAGUUGCUUGAUAUAAUGCAAACUCGAAAUAAAUAGUCAAUAGAUAAUACAAAAUAAAAAAUUAUGUAAUUUUUGAAUGCGCCUAAUAAAAAAUAUUUCAUUUUAUGUUUUUUUUGUUUGUACUACUAUCUUUAUUUGAAUUUUUUAGUUUGUUUAUUUUUGCAUCCCUAAACACCUGUUCAAAUAAAUAGGGUAACUAUUUUGUUAGCAUUUCUAAAAAUAUGACAUGAUGGUAGCUGAGAAAGUCGAUGGCUAGCUACAUUUUCAAACAUCGAUGGUACUAUUGAUAGUUUUGUCAACACUAGUUAAGGAUAGAUAUUAUAUCAAUUCAAAUCAUAUUAUAAUAUUAUUCCCACGUGUCGACUUAAAAGCCCUGUAAUCGAGCACUUUUUAAGUGGACGUCCCUUGUGAGCACACAAACUUUUUAAAACGGUACAAAGGUGAAAAGUGAAAGACGAAAUAUAACGCUUGGCUUUUUUACAUCAAUCCAUUUUCAACCAACUUGUAUACGUAUGAAUCAGAUUAUAUGUAUUUUUCAGGACUUCUUGAUAAAAAUUUAAUGUAAUCUGAUACCAAAAUGCUGUGGUUAUUAUCGUAUUAAGACAUUGUGGAGUUUGUAAAAGCCAAACUUUUCCAUCACUCAAAAAGUGCUCGUCAGAAUUAGACUUAAGCAAGCUAAUUUUACAGAUGCUUAUAUAUAGAUUAUUCAUAUAUACGGGGUGUCACGGAAAUAACUGGAGAUUUAAAUUUGAUUCAAUUUUAGAGAGUAAAAUUGCCUCUUAUCCAAAAAAAAAAAAAUUGUUUUAAAAUGUAUAUAUUCUCAUAUCUAGAAUUGUUUUUCAGAAUGUUAGCAAUAUGUAUAUGUACAUUAAAUUAAGAAAACUACAGCAUUUGGGAAUAGGACGAUUGCCUAUGAAUGUUAUUGUUCUUAGUCGAAAUUUUGAUUAGUAAUAAAAUACAUAAAAAAACAUAAAGUAUUUAAAUUUGACUUUCAAGCCUUCAGCCUUCUCUUACUUUAGAUAUUAACACAAUGUAAACCUUGUAAAUAUUGCAACCUUAUGCUGCAGUACCAUUCUUAAAUUCACAAUGAACUGGCCUCUUAGAACUGCAAAAUAUUAAUGUAUAUUAUUAUUUUAUAUGUUUAAUUAUGACAGCUGCAUCUUUUGAUGCCGAUAUUAUCAUUAGUGGUAUUACAACUUUAUUUUGAAUGCAAUUGCUGAUCGAAUUAAGAAACCCCGCAUUUAUUAUGAGAGAAUUAUGUUUUGAGGAUUAAAGUCUCCAAAUAUUUUAAAAUUGAAUGAAAAAUUAUGAAAAACAAGAUUUGUGUGGCACCCCUUAUAUAUACAUACAUACAGAUAAAUGCGAUAAAAUGAUUUACGUCGAUAAGCGACUAGUUGUCGUCUAAGCAACAAUGUCGUAAGAUACACCGAAUUUAAACUUAUAUAAAGCAAGUAAGAAAUCUAUAGUCGAGUGCGCUAGACUGUUAGAUACCCGCUAUCCAUUUUCAAUAAAAGCAAAAUAUUGCGAAAGCGGUAUUAUCUUUGAAAUAUACCAAAUUAAACCAAAAUAAAACAAAAAAUAUUGAAAUAUAUCAAAAGUGGUCUAUGUGGUCUAAUGACCUACCUAUACAUUAACAAAAUACUAUGUAAUAGUGAUCAAAAUCUGUCAGAUUGAUCGUCGCAACGACUUAAUGGUGGGAUGAAAAAUCGAAACACCCGUUUAGACUAUGUACUCAGAUUCAUUCUUUGGCAUGUUGCCUACAUUUUCUUGUGGAUAAUUUUAUAAUACCUCUUUGUUCUGUGGGUAGCGGGUAUAAAAAUAAUCUAAAGUAAAUAAAUAAGCUUAAUAGUCAAACGAUUGUAUGGAUAUAUGAUUAUUUAAACAUGUGUGGUAUGAACGUAUGAAGGAGAAUCUAGUCAUUCACUGUGCGUUUCUGCCGGUUCCUAAUUAGGGGAACACAAAUUAUUUGCAAAAACGUCCGUUUUGGCAGUCCUAGCACGUCAUAAACAAGCACAAAAUAGCUGUCGAUACUUUCGAUAUUCGAGAGCACAUCAGCAUUUCUUUUAAACUAAACUUAUCAUAUCCAUAGAUAAGAUGGGAAUGGAUGAAAUGAUACCUCAGCUUAAAUUUCCUUUAAACGGAUGUGACCAUUAUUUCCAUUAUUUUGCAGUGUCAAAUUUAUGAUGGACUAUUAACUUUUGUAGGUCUGUUAAAAUUAAUAGCACUAGACAAAACUACAAAUUAUUUUAUCUUAUAAUAGACCUUUUUUUAAAAGAACUAAUCUAAUCGAAAGCAAACUUAUUUACAUACAUUUGGUUUUAGUGUAAUACUUUGGGUUUUGUAACUAAAUAAUUAUUCAAAAUAUUAUGAUCUCAAGCUUUUAUAUAAUUAUAAAAACUACAGCACUAAUUAGUAAAAUACGAAAAGUUAAUUCAACAAUUAACAUAUGUAAAUAUUUAAGAGAAAUUAAUAACAGUUAAGAUAAGAACAUCAUAAUAAAAGGCAAUUGUGAAAAGAAUAAUAAAAACCUCAAUUCUGUUUGUAUUUCGCAAACUUGAAUAUUUCAAUACCUUGAAUGAAAAUUAAAGCCUAUUUCAUAUGGUUUUAAAAUUCUAAAGUCCAAAUUAAUGUACAUAACCGCUUUAGUUAAACAUUGUUGAUAUAUAAUAUACAUAUAUGAAUAUGAAUAAUUGUAAUUAGUUUAUAUUUUGUAUGAGCAACUUAUUUUAUAAACAUAUAUUUAAAAAUUGAAAAGCAGACAUAAAAUGUAAACCGUUAGCUGCUAAAUAUAAGUAAUAUAAGUAAUAAUAUUGAUAAAGUAUGAAAUGUUAAAAACGAUUAUGUUAUGAGGGCUAUAAAAAAUGUUACAACAUACUUUACACGACUAUAAACGGUAAUUCAGUAAUAAUAUUUCCAUUUGUGUUUUAUUUGAAUGCAAUUCAUUCGUUCUGUGCGGUUCGUUUGGAAUAUUGAAAUCUUGACACAAACAACUAAUCAAAUUUAUGAAAACAUGAUUACUUGGCUUUCAUGUAUUUUAUAAAGAGUACAAAACUCAGUGACGCUAAGUUAUCUAUUCAGUCGUGCCGGCCUUCAUGCCCAGUGUUAAAAUAAUACACAAAUAUAGACUUAACAAAACGCAAGCUUGUAUUACAGCUUAUUAUACUAAACAUACGUAUAUUUAUAUCAAAUACGAAUAAAAAAAUCGAAAUCACCACUGCAAGAUGUUUACAAAAUAAAUACAAAGGCAAAAUGAGAAAUAUUGUAAGAAAAUAGAAAUUAAAUAAAUAUUAUUGAUUAAAUAUAAAUAAA